GUCCUACAACAACCACUGAAGUUACCACACAAGGUCCUACAACAACCACAGAAGUGACCACACAAGGUCCAACAACAACCACAGAAGUUACCACACAAGGUCCAACAACACCCACAGAAGUUACCACACAAGGUCCAACAACAACCACAGAAGUUACCACACAAGGUCCAACAACACCCACAGAAGUUACCACACAAGGUCCUACAGAAGUGACCACACAAAGUCCAACAACAUCCACAGAAAUGUCUACACAAAGUCCAACAACAUCCACAGAAAUGUCUACACAAGGUCCAACAACACCCACAGAAAUGUCUACACAAAGUCCAACAACAUCCACAGAAAUGACCACACAAGGUUCAACAACAUCCACAGAAAUGUCCACACAAGAUCCCAUAACAUCCACGAAGCUGUCCACAGAAGGUCCAAAAGUAACCACAGAGUGUGCUCGUUCUCAAUGUCAACAUAAUGGAACAUGCUAUGGCGAUGCCACUAGAUUUACAUGCAAUUGUACCUCAUCAUACAGAGGUGACUUCUGUGAAAUAGAAAUAAAUGAAUGCCGAAGUUCACCAUGUCUAAAUCGAGGGACUUGUGUUGAUCAAUUGGGAAUGUUUAUAUGCAGAUGUCUUGUAGGUUUUACAGGGACAUUGUGUGAAACAGAUAUGGAUGACUGCUUUGCUGAUACAUGCUUGAAUAAUGGUACAUGUGUAGAUUUCCCCAACAACUUUCGAUGUGAUUGUAAUGGGAAUUACACCGGCAGAAGAUGCGAUCAAGAAAAUAUUUACAGACCUCCAAAAUAUGAACAUUUUGAAGCAGAUGAUCGGCCCUCGGCUAAGAUUAUUGGAUCAAUGGGAUUAGUUAUCAUAGGGAUUUUCAUUGGUGGUGUUAUAUUCCUAGAUAGUACUUCUCUGAUCAGAGAAAUCAGCAGAAUGCUCAAAAAUAUUAAAAGGAUGUGCUUUAAGAAAAGUCCAUCAAAAAAAACAUUGAUGGAAAACACUACAGCCGAAGUGGAAGUAAUGGAAUCAGAAAGUGUAGCUGAGGUAAGCUGAUUUGGUAGCAGGUGGAGUAUUUGGAGAAUGUGGAAAACAUCCUCCUCUUAUUAAACAUACGACACCGUGAUUUUGUAUAUAUUUUUUAUAGAUAUCAAUAUUUUUAUAGACAAUCUGACAAUUGAUAAUUGUAGAAAUUUAAAACACUCUUACAUUUGAUUUGAUUGAUGUGAAUGCAAAUAAAUCCGAACCUGUUUUAAACUGUAAGUUGUUUAAAGCAAAUGUCCGAGUAUCAUUAUUAUAUUGAAGAUUUUCCCCGGUAACAUAUGUACUUUAAGAUUCAAUAUUGACAAAGUCAGCUCAAUAUGGCACUGGCUCAUGAUGAAUACAAACUAUUUAUAAUUUAAUCGUAACAUUAAUCGUAAAAACGUUUUGUUUUUUUUAUUUCAAGGGUAUAUUUAGAGAUUCAUUCCUUUACAUGAAGGGAGUUGGAUCAGAUAACAGUUUGAAGCAAUAUUUGUGCAUUUGGGUACACAUGGCCAAUCAUUUGGAAUAUACAAAAUGCAUAUGAUCAACAAUUCUUAUACAUACAUGUAUGAUGUUCUAGAAGUUGUUUCAAUUGUUCUAUAGAAGAUGUCUCUGCCAUGAAUAUUAGUGGCCACGUAAAUGUGAAUCAGCACAUGCAUUGAUUUUUGUGCUAGUAAAUACUCUCAGGUACACAGGUAGGUUAUGACUGACAUUACUUAGAUUGAGACUUAAAUAUGUCGCAAUGGGACUUUAUACAAAAAAUAUAGUAUGUGAUGCUAUUUUUAUUGAACAUGUACAUACACAACAUUUACCUCCGAAUGUAAUAUUAUUUCCUCAGAUAUGCACUAUACCUAGUCAAAAAUACUGUCAUCAUUUAUCGAUUAACAUUUGAAAUGAACACCCAUAUACAGCGAUUAUAAUAUUACAGUGUCUAAUUGUAAUAAGAAAACACUUAAGGUAUAGCAAAUCCGGCACAAUGUUGUAAAUUAUAAAAUAUAGUUUUGCAAGAACUUUUUGAACACCCUGUAGGCAAAAUUUAAAUAUUGUAUAUGCCCUUAAUCUUGCCAUUGUACAAGGUGGUGCAAAAAACGGGACACUAGUAAAUCAAAAAUAAAUAUC